ACCAGCCGUCGCCUCUCCAACCGCAGAGCCUCUCUCGUCCACACGAAGCUCCAGCGUGCGCGCCCGUGCACGUCGCACCAAUUUAUACGCCGCUCGUUUCUCGCCGUCGCCUCUCCACUCCCAUCUCUCAUCAUUUUCCCAACCAGCAGCUAAUCGGCGCACGUGAAGCCUGAGCUGAGCUGAGCUGUAGAGCGAGCGACCAGAGCGUAGAAGAAGCCAUGAGGAUCCAGUGCGACGCGUGCGAGGGCGCGGCGGCGACGGUGGUGUGCUGCGCGGACGAGGCGGCGCUGUGCGCGCGCUGCGACGUGCAGAUCCACGCCGCCAACAAGCUGGCCAGCAAGCACCAGCGCCUCCCGCUCGAGGACGCCGCCGCCGCCGCCGGCCUCCCGCGCUGCGACGUCUGCCAGGACAAGCCGGCCUUCGUCUUCUGCGUGGACGACAGGGCGCUCUUCUGCCGCGACUGCGACGACUCCAUCCACGUCCAGGGCACGCUCUCCGCCAACCACCAGCGCUACAUCGCCACCGGCAUCCGCGUCGGCUUCAGCUCCGUCUGCAGCGCCCACGCCGACACCCACCCGCCGCCCUCCAAGCCCAAGGCGCCGCAGAUCGCCGCCGUCCCCAGGGCGGCGCCGGUCUCCGCCGCGGCGCAGGAGGUGCCGUCGUCGCCGUUCCUGCCGUCGUCCGGCUGGGCCGUCGAGGACCUCCUGCAGUUCUCCGACUACGAGUCCAGCGACAAGCAGAAGGGUUCUCCGUCUCCUCUCGGGUUCAAGGAGCUGGAGUGGUUCGCCGACAUCGACCUGUUCCACGACGACCAGGCGCCGGCGCCAAAGUGGGGCGGAACCGCGGCGGAGGUGCCCGAGCUCUUCGCCUCGCCGCAGCCGGCCAGCAACGCCGGCUUCUACAAGACAGCCGGAGCGCGCCAGAGCAAGAAGGCGAGGGUGGAGCUGCCCGACGACGACGACGAGGACUACCUCAUCGUUCCCGAUCUUGGAUGAGAUAUCUGAACUGAAUAUAUAGUUCGUAUGUGUGAUGCACUAUGUAGUAAUAAACUACUUAAUACGCGUGUGUGCAUGUAUGCAAACGGAUUCUGCCAUCUUUUUGUGCCGAUCGCUUAGUUGCCGUGGAAAAUAUGAAGCUGCAAGGUGAUUCGGGGAAAUACUUUCAGAAACAAGAUGGGUUUAUAAGUGUAAUAUACUGUGGAAAACAUGUACUGCUUUUAAGUUUA